CAACUUUCCUGAUUUUGCACACCUGGUACAGCACUGUAAAGUCUUCGGAAUCCCUGUCCAGCUACUAAGCCAGUCUUCUUGCUGCCGCCCUUCACCUAGCUGCUUCGAGAGAGAGCUCUUAAUCCAUCAGCCUGGACCAUACAUUAUGGUUUGCCUUAAGUAAUAUCCAGAAAGCUUAUUCAGUGGGCUCCUUUCUACUAAGCCGCGCUAGGUCGCCAGUUUCGAACGCGCAGAGUUCUAGUAUUCCGACCCAAGAUAGAGAUCCGAGUAGUUCCGUAUUCAGGUCCGUGCUUGACUUAUUCAGGUCGGUUUCACUCUCGCUACGCGCCGAGCUGGACCGACUGACACGCGACGCUGACAGGCUUUAUUUUCUGCAAAAAGCGAAAGUCAAUAGCUUUAUAGGGGAAGAAAAUUGAGUUCUCAAGAGGGGGUCUGAACAUAUUAUUUAACAUAAAAGAAACGAUGAAAGAAAGGAGCCGCAAGUGUAGGAUUAGUACGACUAGUAGUAUGAGAACGCCUUAAAGCGCUAACAUAUUUCGUCUUAUUUGUAGUCGCCACUAGCGUGGAGCGCUGGAACAUCUGUCAAGCCUAGUAGCGCAAGGAGAUGUCCUGGCAGGGUGACUAUAACGAGCGGGUUCUGGUGCCUGUGGGCGGCGACGCGUGCAGCAAGGACGCUCUGCGAUGGGCCGUGGCCAAUAAGAUCGCGCGGCCCGACGACCUGCUCGUGCUGCUCCACAUCGUCACCAAAGCGCCGGGUCCGGAUGGGUACGACGUGGGUCAGAGCGAGCUGUCCAAGACGUCGUUUGUGCAGCACGUGCGCACGGCCAUCAUGCCCAUGCUCUCGCAGCUUAAAGCGUCAGUCGAUCCCAAGGUGCGGCUGGAGUUGAAGGUGGGGCGCAACGACUCGAGGGACGUGGGGAUAAUGGAGGAGGCGAUCAAGCUGCAGGCCACGUGCCUCGUGCUCGCCACUAAGGCCCGCGGGCUCUUCAGCAUGCGUAGCAAGCUGUCUGGCAGCACGAGCGCCUUCUGCCUGAAGCACCGGCCGCCCACCCUCUCAGUGGUCGUCGUCUCCAAGGACAAGGUGCUCCUCUCCAAGCACGGCGAGGCCACCCCCCCCGAGCGCUCACCCUCCCUCUCCCUCACGGGCAGCCCCCUCCCCGGGUCCCCCGCCCCCAAUAUCCCCUCCGCGUCCUCCUCCCCUGGGAGCAGCAGCCGCCGAAACAGCGAGAGCAGGUUCGAUCCUGCUCAGGGGGAAAGGGGAAAUAAGAGUCUGUCGGAACCCCUUUCUGUCCCGCUGCCCGAGUCAGAUCUGCCUGGAGACUGUAGUACAGCUGUGGCGGCCUCUCUCUCGGCUGCUGGUGGUGAGAGGGCCGUUGAGAUUGGGCAGGAUCUAACUCAUGGUGAGAGGAGCGGGGAGAGGGGCGGAGGGAAGGGGGAGGAAAGGGGCUUUGAACGGGAUUUACAGCAGGUGCGGGAGCAGCAGCAGCAGCGGAUGCUGCUGCACCAGCAGCAGCAGCAGCAGGCGGCUGUGAGGCUCGCAGCCCUCAUGGAAGGCGUCAGUGUGAGAGGGGGCGGAGGGGGAGGAGCAGGAGGGGGGGAGCAGGAGGGGGGGAGCAGGAGGGGGGGAGCAGGAGAGGGGGUAAGUGGGGCGCGAGUGGGUGGGUAUGGUGGUUGGAGCGAUGCCAACGAUGCAGCGUCGGCGGCACAUGCUGUGGCCAGGUCUCAGCAACGCACGGGCGUGUCAAAUGAGAGCAUGGCUGCGGCACACGGCAGUGUGGCAGGCGUGGGCUUCCCACACGUCCCUGCGUACCUGCCUCUGAAUGCAACCAAGGAUGAAUCCGGAGCUCAGUCCGCGAGGGAGCCUAAUCUUCUGAGCAGCACCGCCAGCAGUAGCAGCUUCAGUGUUACGAGCAGCAGUGGCAGCACGUUUACCAUGGGGAACGGGAGCAGCGCGAGCAGCAGGAAUGGCACGGGGAGUGAGGCCACAGGGUCUCCCAUUAGCAACGGCAGCAGUGGCAUCAGCAGCAGCGCGGCUGGUGCCAAACCGAAGGAAGCAGCAGCAGUGGUGGCGGCUGCAGCGGUGGCAGCAGCAGCUGCAGCUGCAGUGGCUGAGGCGAAGGGCGAGGGCGGCAUGGGAGGGAAGGGAGAAGGGGCUCCAGAAGCGGCCAGUGGCAUGUGCUGCCGGUUAUACGCGUAUGAGGACAUCCAGAGAGCAACGGACGACUUCAGUCCACAGCUGCUCCUGGGGGAGGGUGGGUGCGGCACGGUGUACUCUGGGAUUCUGGGCGGCAGCAAGGUGGCCGUGAAGGUGAUCAAGACAGCUGAUGCCGACCGGGCGGCGAAGGAGUUUCAAAGAGAGGUGGAGCUUCUCAGUCAGAUCCAGCAUCCCCACAUUGUCUCCCUGCUGGGGUGCUGUCCGGCGCGUCACUGCAUAGUGUACGAGUUCAUGGCCUGCGGAACUCUCGAGGAGCGCCUGCUCUGCGCCAACAACUCCCCGCCCCUCCCCUGGUUCGCACGCCUCCGCAUCGCCGCUGAAAUCGCCUCGGGUUUACUCGCCCUGCACUCGCAGCCAAUCCCCAUCAUCCACCUGGACCUGAAACCCGCGAAUGUGCUUCUAGACGAGCGGCUUGUAGCGAAGCUGGGGGACGUGGGCGUGGCUAGGCUCAUGCCGGGGGGUGGGGGUUCCGGCCCCGGCUGUAACGUCACGCAUGCACACACGUCUAUGCCGAUCGGGACCGUCGCUUAUGUCGACCCGGAGUACCAGCGGACGGGUGAUUUCAGCCCAAAAUCGGACGUGUACGCCCUUGGGAUCAUCCUGUUUGACUUGCUGACGGGGCGGCAGCCGUCACGAUAUGAGAGGAUAGAGGAUGCUGUGGACGAGGAGAGUGAGGAGGCUUUGGGGAAGCUGCUGGAUUGGAAGGCUGGGAAGUGGCCUGUGGGGCUGGCGAUGGAGGUGGCAAGGAUUGCAGUGCGGUGCAGUGAGAUGAAGAGGAAGAAGAGGCCGGAUCUGGGGGAAGUGGUAAUGCCGGUGCUGGUGCGAGCCCAGAAGGAGGCGGUUAUGGAGAUGGAGCGCAUGAUGGCGGGAUUGUGAUUUAGGGGUGCUGCCUGGAUAGAGAAGUGUAUUGCCGAGACUAGUGAAAAACAGCACUUUGUGAAAGAGCGGGAUUUAUCAGGUGGGUGAACAGCCACUUGCAAGUGCAUCAGUGGUCAUAGAAUUCUUUGGGAUAUGCUAGAGCUACUAGCGUAAUUUUGUUGUAGUGAUGGGUAGAUAUUAUAUAGAAGUACGGGCAUGUGUAUGUUGGGAACACAUUCUUCUGGUAUGUUGUUGAUCGUGACG